AUGCCUUUAAACCCUCUGCCUCCCACCAUUCCUUCCUCUGCCUUCCACCAUUCCCUCCCUCUGCCUCCCACUAUUCCCUGCCGCUGCCCCCCCACUAUUCCUUCCCUCUUUCACACCCACUAUUCCUUACCUCUGCCUCCCACCAUUUCCUCCCUCAGCCUCCCACCAUUCCUUCACUCUGGCUCACACCAUUCCCUCCCUCUGCCUCCCACCAAACCAUCCUCUGCCUUCCACCAUUCCCUCCCUCUGCCACCCAAUAUUCCCUCCCGCUGCCCCCCACCAUUCCUUCCCUCUUUCACACCCACUAUUCCUUACCUCUGUCUCCCACCAUUUCCUCCCUCUGCCUCCCACCAUUCCCUCUCUCUGCCUCCCAACAUUCCUUCCCCCUGCCUCCUACCAUUCCCUCCACCUGCCUCCCACCAUUCCUUCCCUCUUUCCCUCACACCAUUCCUUCCUCUGCCUCCCACCAUUCCCUCCCUUUGCCACCCAACAUUCCCUCCCUCUGCCUCCCCACCAUUCCUUCCUCUGCUUUCCACCAUUCCUCCUCUUUGCCUUCCACCAUUCCCUCUAUCUGCCACCCACCAUUCUCUCCCUCUGCCACCCAAUAUUCCCUCCCGCUGCCCAUCACCAUUCCUUCCCUCUUUCACACCCACUAUUCCUUACCUCUGCAUUCCACCAUUUCCUCCCUCUGCCUCCCACCAUUCCUUCACUCUGGCUCCCACCAUUUCCUCUCUCUGCCUCCCAACAUUCCUUCCCCCUGCCUCCUACCAUUCCUUCCCCCUGCCUCCCACCAUUCCUUCCCUCUUUCCCUCCCACCAUUCCUUCCCUCUUUCCCUCCCACAAUUCCUUCCUCUGCCUUCAACCAUUCCCUCCCUCUGCCUCCCACCAUUCACUCCCUCUGCCACCCACCCAUUCAUUCCCUAUGACACCCACCAUUCCCACCCUCUGCCACCCAAUAUUCCCUCCCGCUGCCGCCCACCAUUCCUUCCCUCUGCUUCCCACUAUUCCUUCACUCUGGCUUCCACCAUUCCUUCUUCCUGCCUCCCACCAUUCCUUCCCCGUGCCUCCCACCAUUCCUUCCCUCUUUCCUUCCCACCAUUCCUUCCCUCUUUCCUUCCCACUAUUCCUUCCCUCUGCCUCCCACCAUUCCCUCCCUCUGACACCCACCAUUCCCUCCCUCUGACACCCAAUAUUCCCUCCCUCUGA